AUGGAGGAAGUCCUUGUUAGUGCACUGAAAAGUUUUGAUCUGUCAGAAAAAGGGGUGGAAGGAAUAGAUCUAGAGGAUGAGGACGUGGAGCUAAGCAUACAGGACUGUAGGGAAAGUCUAGUGGGGAGAAUAAUGGGUGACAAGAUUGCUAAUUUCACAGGAGUUAAAAAUUUCACAAAUCAUGUCUGGGGGUACCCCAGAAACCUAAGAGUGACGGAAAUAGGACCCAAUGUUUUCCAGUUUCAGUUCGAGAAGGAAGCUGAAAGAGAAAAAGUGCUAAGAGGAGGACCAUGGAUCCUGUAUAAUCAAGUGUUAGUGAUUAGAGAAUGGAAUGCAGGUUUUGAAAAGAAAAUUGAGUGCUUCAGAUUCUCACUUUUAUGGAUUCAGAUAUGGAAUUUGCCAACCUACUGGAUGAGCAGUGCAGCGGGAGUAAAGAUCGGAAGGGUGUUUCGAAAUGUAAGGGAAGUCAUUAUACCUCCAGGAGGGGGGAAAGAGGGGAGGCACAUGAAGAUAUUGGCAGAGAUAGAACUAUUACGACCUCUUAUCAGAGGCACCACUGUAAAGCUCAAUGGGGAAGUAGUUUGGGUAGAAUUUAAGUAUGAAAGAUGCCUGGAUUUCAGCUAUAAAUGUGGGAUAAUAGGUCAUGGAGAUAAGGCGUGUAAACUGGAAAUUAACUUGAAUCAGAUGCAUAGAGAGGCUCAGUUUGGACCAUGGAUGAGAGCAGGAAACAUUAUGCUAUCUCCAAUUAGGGAGGGUACUAGGAAGGAGAUGGUGGUAAAAAACCAUACCAAAGGACAAGGGGAGGAAAGAGUUGAAUCAGAUAGGACAAUGGGAGUUCUAGAUACAGGGAAGCAAAUUGAAAAGAAAGGAAUAACAGAAGGGGGAGGAAAAGGGGUUGGGAGGAGAUUGGGAAAAGAAAUGAUAGAGGGGAAGGGGAGGGGGGAAUAUGAAAGUGUGGCAGAAAGAAAAUCUACAAUGGGUAGGAGUGAAUGA